GCGGCCACCAGCGGCCGCAUCGGGCGGGUGCUCCGCAGCCCGGCGAGAGUUAACGGCGGCACCGCCUCUCCAUUGGCGGCCCCGCGGCGGCUGCCGAGCCCCGCGCAUCCACCGGCGCCGCGCUCCGCGCCUCUCCGCGGCUCCAUGCGGCGGCGGCCGCCGGCAUGCCCGGCCCGCCCAGCCUGCUGCCUCCUCUGCUCGCCCUGCUGUGCCUCGGGCUGGCCGAGCCCAACGCCGACCCCGACGAGCCGUGGUGCCCCUACAAGGUGGGCGGCGAUGGCGCCGCGGCGGCGGCGGCGGGGGCGCGGCUGUGCUUCCGCCCGCCGGCCCGCGGCUUCCAGUGCUCGGCGCGGGCGUGCCGCGCCCACCGCUCCGCGGGCGGCGCGCUGGUGGCCAACGUGCUGCGGAACGGCAGCGUGCUGCUGCAGUGGGGCAUGCGGCACUGGGGGCCGCCCGCCCGCCCCGCCGCCGCCCUGCGCGGCUUCGCGCUCAACUGCUCCUGGGACGGCACCUACACGCGCUUCCCCUGCGACAGCGUGGAGCUGGGGGCCGCGUGUCGCGAUUACCUGCUGGCCGAGGCGCACGGCAGCGUGCGCUACCGCCUGUGCCUGCAGCCGCGCUUCGCCCCGCCGCGCCCCGCGCCGCCCGCGCAGUGCGUGGAGUUCCGCGUGGAGCCCGCGGCCAUGCGCGACAUCGUGGUGGCCAUGACGGCCGUGGGGGGAUCCAUCUGCGUGAUGCUCGUCUUCAUCUGCCUGCUCGUGGCCUACAUCACCGAGAACCUCAUGAGCCCCGCGCUGGCCCGCGGAGGGCACGGGGCGGCCGCUGCGCGCCGCGCCUAGUGCGGGAGGCGAUGGUGAUGGUGAUGGUGGUGAUGAUGAUGAUGAUGAUGAUGAUGAUGAUGAUGAUGAUGAUGAUGAUGAUGACGGGGCACAGGGAGGGGACCCCGCUGGUGCUGCAGGGUCACACCCAGGCCUUGAGCUG